GAACAUAAUCUCAAUCAGCAAGAUGCCUCUGCUUUUCCAGAUUCCCUAAUGGGGCCCUGCUAAUUCCUUGCCAAAACUAGCAGUGGAUUUCUUCCUUUUAAUCUCCCCUAAUGCCUUAUUCUAUUAUUGUCACUGCUCUCUCACCAUGCACUGUCCCUUCAAACCUUCAUUCUUCAACUAAUCCAGUCAGAAAAGCCUGAGUGGUGGUGAGGAAGUCUAAGACUGCACACAAACUUCCCAAAAAGAGCCAAGGAAAAAGGAAGGAGAGUUUUACCUCUUUGUAUAUUCUCUUCAAACUCUUCCUUUGUAGUUUCUUUAUCCACUGAAUUACUAAAUUGAAGAUACUAAGAAAAGGGGUAUGUGAGGUUUUCUGAGCAGUAGAUUUGGAGGAAGGGGACUGAGAAGGGGGAAGUACAAUGUGCUACAGGAUGCUAUCACUUCUGAAGUGGCUGUACAUUAUUGUAUGUCUGGAUGAUGUUCUGAGUGAUCCGAUGUAUGAAGAAAACUACUCAAAGAAUAUCAGCAGGAUAUUGGAUAACCUAUUAGAUGGCUAUGACAACAGACUUCGACCAGGUUUUGGAGGUGCUGUCACUGAAGUGAAAACAGAUAUUUAUGUGACAAGCUUUGGUCCUGUUUCAGAUGUGGAGAUGGAAUAUACAAUGGAUGUUUUCUUUCGUCAAACUUGGACUGAUGAGAGGCUGAAGUUCAGAGGGCCUUCUAAGAUUUUAAGUUUGAAUAAUUUGAUGGUUAGCAAAAUCUGGACACCUGAUACUUUUUUUAGGAAUGGGAAAAAGUCGAUAGCUCAUAAUAUGACAACCCCAAACAAACUCUUCCGUAUCAUGCAGAAUGGAACUAUUCUCUAUACAAUGAGACUAACCAUCAAUGCUGACUGUCCUAUGAGGCUGGUUAAUUUUCCUAUGGAUGGCCAUGCUUGUCCUUUGAAGUUUGGGAGUUAUGCUUACCCCAAAAGUGAGAUCAUUUAUACAUGGAAAAAGGGUCCUCUUUAUUCUGUAGAAGUUCCUCAAGAGUCUUCAAGCCUCCUACAAUAUGAUUUGAUUGGGCAGACUGUGUCUAGUGAAAUAAUAAAGUCCAACACAGGUGAAUACGUAAUCAUGACAGUUUAUUUCCACUUGCAAAGAAAGAUGGGAUAUUUCAUGAUACAGAUAUAUACUCCUUGCAUUAUGACAGUCAUUCUCUCUCAGGUGUCUUUCUGGAUUAAUAAGGAAUCUGUGCCUGCUAGAACUGUUUUUGGAAUUACCACUGUUUUAACCAUGACCACUUUAAGUAUAAGUGCUCGGCACUCUUUGCCAAAGGUGUCUUACGCAACUGCCAUGGAUUGGUUCAUAGCUGUGUGUUUUGCCUUUGUCUUCUCUGCCCUUAUUGAGUUUGCAGCUGUUAACUACUUUACCAACCUUCAGAACCAGAGAACAAUGCAGAAGGUGUCCAGGACAGCUUUACCUUCAGUCCCAACUGUGCCAGUGGAGGAUGAAAUUGUUUUGCAUCCUGAGUCCAAUUUUAAUCUGAAGAAACGAGUGAACUCACUGACCCUGCCAAAACUUCAGUCACAAGAAGUCAAAAAUGUUCUUGCCAGAGCACCUAACUCACAACUGAUGUCUGCUAUACCACCACCACUGCCACCACCAGCAGCCAUUGGUGGUACUAGUAAAAUAGAUCAGUAUUCCAGAAUCCUCUUUCCUGUAGCAUUUGCAGGAUUCAACUUGGUAUACUGGAUUGUUUACCUUUCUAAAGACACUAUGGAAGUGAGUAGCAUUGAAUGACUGUCAGACAAAAUAACUUCCACAGCUGGUAUCUACAUUUAGUGUAUAUAUAAUUUAUAUUGAAUAGAGCAUAGGAACUAAAAUUUUAAAAAUCAUAUUAAAUAAAAAAUAUAAUUUGGGUAGCAUAGAAUAAUUAUAUAUUAAUUAAUAUUGCUAGCAAAAUGUGAAGAAUGAAGAAAAAUUAACCUUUCCAGUAGAAAUAGAGGAUUGGAAUGAUACUGAAGUGCAGAAAAAAGACAUUUAAAGCAACAUUUUGUUUAUCAUUAAUGACAAAUUUUCACUGUUAAUAACAAAAUAAAAAGUAUGGAAAUAUUAACAGCUCCAAAUUUUCCCUUAAAUGUGUUAGUUUGGGUAAUUCCUUUAAAAGAACAAAAUGAUAAAUAAUUUCUAAGUAUUUAUCGAUAUGUAAGAUCAGCACGGAGGUGACCUUUAUUUUGGCUAAGAAUGGCUUUCUCUUGAAUUGUGAAGUCGGCAUUCAGACCAAUCAUUAGUUUUUAACUUUGUUGUGCUCUUUUACCUCAAUAAAGUCUGGCAUUUGUAUAUAUAUAUAUAUGAAUUAUUCAUGCAAUAUAAAAUAUGUAUGUAUAUGUACAUAACUUAAACAUCAUUCAAAAGAAGAAUGCAGCUGUAUACUACUAAAUUAUCCUUAAGAAAAUAUGCUCCGCACUAUGUCCUACAAUUAUUGAGGUGAUAGUGAUAAGAAUGAAAUUAUUAAAGGUUUAUAUUUUGCUUAUAAA